CUUCUUGCCAGAGCCGCGAGAGACCGAAAGAGUAACUUCAGGCAAUUAGUUUAACUUUGACUGUAAAUAUUCCUCCUCAUUCCUUGUGACACUGUUAACAGCUCUGCUGGCAAAUCCCGAUUCUCUGGCAAUAUUUAAGCUGCCUGUCAGUUGGCAGAGGCUUGGUGGUGCCUAGCGCGAGGGAACAGAAUGAGACCCAGCUGAGCGCAAUAUAUGCAUCAGGACGAAGAAGUGCCCGCCCGCACCAGAAGCCAUGGAGACCACCAGCAGCACCCCAGCGUCCGUGACUCCCCAGUGGGAUGUGUUUCCCCAGAAGACGCUGGACUCCAUAGACAUCGCGGUCCUCGUGCUGUACUUUGUGUUUGUCCUGGCUGUUGGGCUCUGGUCCAUGUGGAAGACGCAGCGCAGCACUGUGAAAGGCUACUUUCUAGCCGGGGGACAGAUGGUUUGGUGGCCUGUGGGCGCAUCCCUGUUUGCUAGCAACGUUGGGAGCGGGCACUUCAUCGGCCUGGCUGGGUCAGGAGCUGCCUCAGGAAUUGCUGCGACAGCCUAUGAGUGGAACGGGAUGUUUUGUGUUUUGGUGCUGGCCUGGCUAUUCCUUCCAAUUUACAUAGCGGCAGGAGUCACUACCAUGCCAGAGUACCUGCAGAAGCGCUUUGGCGGCAAAAGAAUUCAGAUGUUCCUGGCGAUUCUCUACUUGUUCAUCUAUAUCUUCACCAAAAUAUCAGUCGAUAUGUACGCUGGGGCCCUCUUCAUUCAGCAGGCCUUGCACUGGGACCUCUACAUUGCAGUUGUGGGCCUGCUGGCAAUCACUGCUGUCUACACUGUUGCAGGUGGCCUGGCCGCAGUGAUAUACACAGACGCGCUGCAAACCCUCAUCAUGCUGAUCGGCGCCGUGACUCUCAUGGUCUUCAGCUUUGUUGAAGUUGGCGGUCUUGAAGGCUUGCAGACAAAAUACUUUGAUGCCAUUCCCAGCACCCGCAAGGAAAACAGCAGCUGCGGCUUGCCAAGGGAAGAUGCUUUUCACAUUUUCCGGGACCCUGUUAACUCCGACCUUCCCUGGCCCGGGGUUUUGGUGGGAAUGACCAUCCCGUCCCUCUGGUACUGGUGUACAGAUCAGGUCAUCGUUCAGAGGUCUCUUGCUGCUAAAAACCUCUCUCACGCCAAGGGAGGCUCCCUGAUGACCUCCUACUUGAAAAUUCUGCCCCUCUUUAUGAUGGUGAUGCCGGGCAUGAUCAGCCGGGUUCUCUUCCCAGAUCUGGUGGCUUGUGCAGACCCGGAAAUUUGUCGAAAAAUCUGUGGCAACCCAUCUGGCUGUUCUGAUAUCGCUUACCCUAAGCUGGUCAUAGAACUUCUGCCUGUAGGACUCCGGGGCCUGAUGAUGUCAGUGAUGAUAGCAGCGCUUAUGUCCUCCUUGACUUCCAUCUUCAAUAGUGCCAGCACCAUUUUCACCAUGGACCUCUGGAAACAAUUCCGGCCUCGUUGUUCCGAGUGGGAACUCAUGAUUGUUGGCAGGGUCUUUGUGCUGCUGCUCGUUGUGAUCUCCAUCCUGUGGAUCCCACUGGUCCAGGCUGGUCAGGGCGGGCAGCUCUUCAUUUACAUCCAGUCCAUCAGCUCCUACCUGCAGCCCCCUGUGGCAAUGGUGUUCAUACUGGGUUGCUUCUGGAAAAGAGCAAAUGAAAAGGGCGCGUUCUGGGGCCUGGUGAUCGGGUUGCUGCUGGGCGUCAUCCGACUGGUGCUGGACUUCAUCUACCCGGAGCCCCAGUGCGGGGAGCGGGACCUGAGGCCGGGCGUGGUGAGGUACAUGCACUACCUCUACUUCUCCAUGGUCCUGGCUGCCAUCUCCACGCUCACCGUGCUGGUCGUGAGCAUGCUCACAGAACCCCCCUCGGAAGAAAUGAUAAGUCGGCUUACCUGGUUCACACGCGGGGAUCUACCAGUCAAGAAAGACCUAGCAGUCAGCACUUCUCCUGAUGCUGCAAAAGGAGCGUGUGAAGCUGAGCGUCCCGCUCUCCAGAUUGAUAUAAGCAUUGCCUCUGAAAAUAGUUCAAAUGAUAAUAAAUGCACGACUGACACCAAAAGGAACUCGAAGCUGAUGAAGACCUUUCUGUGGCUCUGCGGGAUGGAGCGCAGACCAGAAAACUCUGAGAAUGUGGCGCCGACUAAACCCGAGCUUCCCAUGGCUUCCCUGGAGGAGAAACCGCUGGUGAAACAUGUCCUGAACAUCAACCUGAUAAUAAGUGUGUGUGCUGGCAUCUUCCUCUGGGCCUACUUCGCGUAGCAGCCAGCCAUUUGGUUCCAGAUGAGAUCAACUAAUUUUAAUUGGUGUAAAUAAUGAUAAUAAUUAGCAGAGGGUUAA